AUGGCAUAUUCCGAAAAGCGUCUCAUUGGUUAUUCCCGUGAACAAAUGUUUGACAUCGUUGCCGAUGUUUCCCAGUACCACAACUUUAUACCUUGGUGUCGGCAUUCCAACGUCCUCAACGAGCAUGAGAAUUUGCGAAUGGUAGAGCUGGAAAUUGGUUUUCCACCUUUUUUGGAGAGGUAUCAAAGCCGAGUAGCCCUCGUACGGCCGUCAGUUGUCCAUUCUAUCGUAGUUGACGACUCUGUUUUCAACACACUAGAAUCGACUUUUCGAUUUGCUGAAGGACAGUCGAUGAACGAGCAAUCUUGCACACUGCACUAUGACUUAGUAUUUGAGUUCAAAUCAGCAUUUCAUUCCCAUAUGGCUCAUCUUUUCUUUGAUCAAGUAGUGAAAACCAUGGUUGGAGCUUUUCUACGCAGAGCAGAAGAAAUCCAUGGCAAGCCAUCGAUACCUCAUUCCACGCCCACAGUUUUGCGAUACCAGAAUUAA